AUGGCCGAAUACGAACUCAGAGAACAGGACAAGUGGCUCCCGAUAGCCAACGUGUCACGAAUUAUGAAAAACGCGUUGCCAGAUAACGCCAAAAUCUCCAAGGAGGCCAAGGAGUGCAUGCAAGAAUGUGUUUCUGAAUUUGUUUCUUUCAUCACUUCUGAGGCCUCUGAAAAAUGUUGUGCUGAGCGCCGAAAAACCGUUAACGGAGAGGAUAUUCUCUUUGCAAUGAUGUCUCUGGGCUUUGAAAACUAUGCCGAAGUCCUGAAAAUUUACCUCACAAAAUACCGCCAAGCACAAAACCUUAAGCAGGAACGUGAGCACCGCCAAAAACAAGAACGAGUUGCAGCAGAAGCUACUGCCGCUGCUGAGGCAGCUGCUGCUGAGGCCGAAGCUGUUGUAGCAAGUGCUGCUGCUACUGGCGAUGAAAUGAUUCCAAUCGACGCUGAGUCGGGGCCCUCACCAGACGACGAUCUUGCGUUAAAUGCAGCAGCAGCUGCUGCUGCAGGCGGUCUGCCUCUGACAGCUUUAAUGAAUGAUUCUUCCAUCAAAUCCGAAGAAGAGCAACAACAGCAACAGUUUGAAUACCAAACUGCUAACCUUCACGAUAUUGAAAAUGCCCAAGAAACCUCCUCCACAGCUUCAGCCGAUGCGCGGGCCCAAAGCUUGGAAAUAGGAAUGGGCGCAUUCGACUAUGCGGCUGCCACUGCAGAAAGUGACCCGGAAAAUGAUCCCGCAAAUGAUGAUGGCACCGGCAACUCAUCAAACACAGUUUCCCGAGCGGGUCCUCCAGAUACAACGACAGGCAUGUCUUUUUAUGAUGACUACAGUCCUAUGAACGGAACUUACAGUAAUAAUGUUGAAAUGGCGCCAUAUUGA